UACGUGCUGAGUAAAUGAGAGAGUAAGAAAGACGUAACAAGCCACCCAAUAAAACAAAAGAAAGAAAGCGAAACAGAAACAGUCACCGGCAAAAAGAUGUCACGGCUCGAGAACGAUCGUCCGCUUCUAACCGAGGGAAUCUACGAGGAGGUCCACGAAGAAGAAGAAGAAGAAGAAGAGACGGCGUACGACGAGGCGGAGAAAGUCCACAUCGCGAGAGACGAGGACGACGACGAGAGAGACCUCGAGCACGGCGUCGGAUGCGGCGGCGCACCGCCGUUCUCCUGGAGGAAGCUAUGGCUGUUCACCGGACCCGGGUUCCUGAUGAGCAUUGCGUUUCUCGAUCCGGGAAACCUCGAAGGAGAUCUCCAAGCCGGGGCCGUCGCGGGGUACUCACUUCUUUGGCUGCUUAUGUGGGCGACGGCGAUGGGUCUUUUGGUUCAGCUUUUAUCGGCGAGGCUCGGCGUCGCGACGGGUCGUCACUUGGCGGAGCUUUGCCGGGAAGAGUAUCCGACUUGGGCGGGUAUGGUUUUGUGGGUUAUGGCUGAGUUGGCUUUGAUUGGAUCUGAUAUUCAAGAAGUCAUUGGAAGUGCCAUCGCUAUCCAGAUUCUGACCAAUGGGAUCUUCCCUCUCUGGGCUGGUGUCGUUAUUACAGCUCUCGACUGUUUCGUCUUCUUGUUUCUUGAGAACUACGGAAUCAGGAAACUCGAGGCGGUUUUUGCGGUUCUAAUCGGAACAAUGGCGGUGGCAUUCGCUUGGAUGUUCGGUCAAGCCAAACCAAGUGGCUCUGAGCUUCUCGUUGGCAUAUUGGUACCGAAGCUAAGCACAAGAACAAUACAAAAAGCGGUCGGAGUCGUGGGCUGCAUUAUAAUGCCGCACAACGUGUUCCUCCACUCAGCUCUCGUCCAAUCCCGUGAAGUCGACAAGCGGCAGAAGCACAGAGUCCAAGAAGCUAUAAACUACUACACGAUCGAAUCCACGAUCGCUCUCGCCGUCUCCUUCAUGAUCAACCUCUUCGUCACGACGGUUUUCGCCAAAGGCUUCUACAACACCGACCUGGCCGACAGCAUCGGCCUGGUCAACGCGGGUCAGUACCUCCAGGACAAGUACGGAGGCGGGGUGUUCCCGAUACUGUACAUCUGGGGGAUAGGGCUGCUAGCCGCUGGGCAGAGCAGCACCAUCACGGGCACCUACGCGGGGCAGUUCAUCAUGGGAGGGUUUCUGAAUUUCAAGAUGAAGAAGUGGCUGAGGGCUUUGAUCACGCGCAGCUGCGCGAUCGUUCCGACCAUGAUCGUCGCUCUGGUGUUUGAUUCGUCUGAAGCUACUUUGGAUGUUUUGAACGAGUGGCUUAACGUGCUUCAGUCCAUUCAGAUCCCGUUCGCGCUCAUUCCGUUGCUGUGUUUGGUCUCCAAGGAACAGAUCAUGGGUAGUUUCAAAAUCGGUCCUUUGUAUCAGACAGUCGCUUGGCUUGUUGCUGCGCUUGUGAUAAUGAUAAACGGUUAUCUGUUGCUUGAGUUCUUUACCUCGGAGGUUAGUGGCGUCGUCUAUACCGGUUUUGUGAGUGUGUUCACGGCUUCGUAUGGUGCGUUCAUAGUCUACCUGAUUGGUCGUGGCAUUAAUUUCACUCCGUGCCGCUCUAAAGCAGAGUCUAGUUGAUGAGAAUGGAUGGGGGACCAAACCAAACAAUGUAACUCUGUUUUGUUUUUGGAUCAGUAGGAUAAUUGCGUUUGCUUGGCUUAAGUGUUUUGUAUAAUAUGUAUCAUAUAAUAAGAAGUUCUUGGUUUUGUGAAAGAAAGCUCUUCAAUGUAUAAGUAGUUCGGUCCGAGAGAUGGGAGAAUUAAUAAGAUCAUUUCACCA